UAGUCUAACGAGACAACAAAUAUUUUACUGUAGGGAGGUAUUUUAAAAGACAAAAAAAUAACACGGCAGGUAUUUUCUACCUGGCGCAGCCUCAGAUUCUGAAACCAAAACAAGAGCUUCACAUUACCAUAAUUAUUAUUCAUACGGUCGGUCAACUUAAUACAUAAUUCACUGAAUUAUUAUUAGCCUCAAGCGAUAAUAGGGGUUCUAUUUCAGUGUGUGAUCAGCGGCCUUAAAGCAUACAACAUCGUACUACUUAGAACAAAAACUUGUAACUGUAAAAUUAAAAGAUGCUACAUGCCAGAGAUAUGAUAUUGAAACAACAAAUACUUAAACAUUUAAGAUAUUUUACCCGAAAUAUCACAAAACAAAAACCUGCUGCUCCUUUGACGUUAAUAAAUAUGCCGCAUCCAUUAUCUUGGCCCAUUGUGGGAACAAAAUUGAACUUCCUGGUUACCGGAAGUAGUACCACAUUACACGAUUAUGUUCAUCAAAGACAUGCACAGCUUGGGCCCAUUUUCUGUGAAAGCCUUGGUGGGCGUACAGAACUUGUAUUCGUUAGUGACCCUCAGCUCAUGAAAUCGUUAUUCCUAAACUUGGAAGGAAAGUAUCCUGUACAUAUUUUACCUGAGCCUUGGUUAUUAUAUGAGAAAUUAUAUGGAUCUAAACGAGGUCUUUUCUUUAUGAAUGGCGAAGAAUGGUUAAUCAAUCGCCGAAUUAUGAAUAAGCAUUUACUCCGAGAAGAUAGUGACAAAUGGCUAGAAAUGUCCAUAAAGGAUACUGUGAGUGGUUUCGUUCAAGAUUUGAAAGUAAAAGUUGGACGAGGAAAUUUUAUUUCUGAUUUGGAAUCGGAAUUCUACAGACUUUCUUUAAAUGUCAUCAUCAAUAUUUUGAUGGGCACUGAAUCUGGAUUGAUGACUAGUAAACAUAACGAAGAAUUGUUACAUAUAUUUUCGCAAAGUGUGAAGAGGAUAUUUGAAACCACAAACCGAUUGUACAGUAUGCCGGUUUAUUGGUGUGAACGCUUUAAUCUCAAAGUUUGGAAAGAUUUUAAGGAGUCCGUCGAUUUAUCGUUGCACUUAGGUAAAAAAAUAGUAAAUGAAAUGUUAAGUAUGAGACACAAAAGCAAUGGAUUGAUAGGGAAAAUUGAAGAAAUGGAUGAUACAACCAUUAAAAGUGUAGUGACAGACCUAAUUAUUGCAGCAGGAGAUACGACUGCUUACACAACAUUGUGGAUUCUAUUGUUACUUUCCAAAAAUGAUGAGGUGAAGAAAGAAGUAUUUUUGAAUAACGAUUACGUGAAACACGUUGUCAAAGAAACUAUGAGAUUGUAUCCUGUGGCACCAUUCCUAACAAGAAUACUUACGAAGGAAGGUAUUUUAGGAUCGUACCAAUUGAAAGAAGGAACACCAAUUGUUGCGUCAAUUUACACGUCUGGUAGAGAUGAGCGUAAUUUCACUAGAGCCAAUGAGUUUUUACCUUAUCGUUGGGAUCGCAAUGAUCCCAGGAAGCAAGAUUUGGCGAACCAUGUGACAUCAGCGUCGCUGCCUUUUGCUCUUGGUGCACGAUCUUGUGUGGGAAAAAAGAUCGCUAUGACGCAGUUGAGCGAAAUUACCCAGCAGAUAGUCAACAAUUUUGAUUUCAAAUGCACAAAUACUGAAGAAGUUAAGCCAAUAAUGUCGAUGGUGUUGGUGCCAGAUCAAAAGAUAAAAUUAUCACUUACUGAGAAAAAUGCAAUGCAAAUGUUUAAUUAGAAACUGUGAUUUCAGACUAUUAAUAAUAGUUAAUAUACAAAACAAUAAUUAAUAAUCACAACUAUAGUGAAUAUUUAUAUAAACAACUUUUUGAAAUGAAAUUGUGAUGUGUUGAUUGCGUUUGACAAG